AUCAUGGCGGCGGGUCACAGGACGACGGCGUCCAACUUUACCGUGAACCUCUGGCACGUGGCGAGGUACGAACACAUUCAGCGUGGCAUCGAAGAGGAGUUAGAGGCGCUCGGUGGUCGACCGCCGACAUUUAAGGAUGUGCAAGAUGGCCGAUUACCUUACACGCAGCGAGUUGUGAAGGAAUCGCUUCGCAAAUACGCCCCGAUCAACUUGUUCCCGCGCCUCGCCGAAGGCGCGGACACGCUGCCCAGCGGACACAAGGUUGAAGCUGGAGACUUUAUUUUAUUAUCCACGUACGCCAUGGGGCGAAACCCGAGAGUUUGGGAGAAUCCUGAAAAGUUUGAUCCCGACCGCUUC